AUGACACCCCAAAACUCCCAUAUAAUUCUCUUCAACCCACCCACAAUCCGCGCACCUCGACCGUCGUAUUCCCAAGUAGCAAGCACCAUCAUCUCACCUGGCUCUCAUCUAAUUACUACAUCCGGCCAAGUGGGCACUACCGUCACGGGCGAAACGCCAACCUCAUUCGCUGCACAAGCUAAACUCGUUUUCCAGAACCUGCAUGUCUGUCUUCACACCGCAGGAGCUCGCAUCCAAGAUAUCGUCAAACUCACUUAUUACAUUAUCGAUGCUGGAAAUCACCAUGCUGAGUUCAGCCCUGCGUUGAUGGAAUUCUUGACAGAUGAGAAAGGAAAUGUGCAUAGACCACCUGCAACGAUGGUCGAGGUGAAGGCUUUGGCGAGGAAGGACUGGCUGCUUGAGGUCGAGGCUGUCGCUGUUGUUUCUCCUCCUCCUUCGCUGUCUACUCUUACUCUCUCAUCUCCCCCAGAAAUCCGUCUCGUAGAUGUUGUUGUCGUAGGAGCUGGACUCAGUGGACUACAAGCAGCUCUCGAUAUCCAGAAAGCGGGGCUAAGUUGUGCCAUCCUUGAAGCUCGUGAUCGAGUUGGUGGCAAGACACUUUCCAGACCUCUUGCGAGCGGGAAGGGAGUCGUGGAUAUUGGAGCAGCAUGGUUGAACAACAAAACUCAACCCAGAAUCCAUGAACUUGCCAUGAAGUAUGGAUUCGAGACCGUUGUCCAGAGGACGGAUGGAGAUCAAGUGAUUGAGCUGAAGCCAGGAGAAUCGCAUAGAUAUGGAUCUGGUGCGAUACCUCCAGCCUCGAAAAGAGCUCUUGAAGACAUGCGUCGUAUUCAAGUCACGCUUGAGGAAGAAGCGGCGAAAAUCGAUGUCCACCACUUGCCUCGCUCAGAUUUCGAUAAUGAGACUGUUGCUCAAUUUCUUCGACGCAAUGAAGUAGACAAGGUUGCGUACGAAGUGAUUGAAACUACGAUCAAGGGUCUUUUGGGAGUCGAUGCCACAGAGCUGAGUCUGUACUAUUAUCUUGAUUAUAUCAAGAGUGGGGGUAGUUUGGCAGACUUACGAUCCGACAAAAGUAAUGGCGCGCAGUAUAUGCUAGUGAAAACAGGCAUGCAAUCAAUCUCCAAAGCCAUGGCCACGGACCUCGAGCUAGGAUCUCUCUUCCUCUCCUCUCCCGUCACGGCCAUCACCAAGACCUCUUCUACAGCAAACACCAUUACCACCUCUUCCGGACUCCAAUUCAACGCCAAAAAGAUAAUAAUCUCCAUCCCAACUCCAUUAUACCGGACAAUAACCUUCUCUCCCCCACUCUCCGCCUCAAAAGCUACCCUCGCAGACUCAACAACCCUAGGCUACUACGCAAAAACCAUCCUAAUCUACUCCUCCCCCUGGUGGCGCGCUUCAGAGAUAAACCUAAACGGCUCCUUCACCUCUCUCACCGGCCACGUCUCAUUCACCCGCGACACCUCCGUGCCCUCGGACUCCCAAUACUCCCUCACCUGCUUCAUAGUCGGCGGCACAGGCCGUUCCUGGUCGAUCCUCUCUCCCAUCAAAAGACGUCAAGCAGUGCUUGAUCAGAUCGCUGGUAUGGUCGAAGAAGAACAUCGACGGAAGGUUUAUGAUACGGAAGAGAUUAUUGAGCAGGAGUGGAUUAAAGAGCAGUGGAGUCAGGGGGCGCCGUGUCCAGUUAUGGAGCCGGGGCUGCUGAAUCGGUAUGCGGAUGUGUUGAGGAGGAGGUGUGGGGAUGUGCAUUUUGUGGGGACGGAGACGGCGUUUGAGUGGAAGGGGUAUAUGGAGGGGGCGGUGAGGGCGGGGGAGAGGGGGGCGAUGGAGGUUAUUGAGGCGUUGAAGGGGGAGUGA